GGCGUACAAUGAAUGGGGGCCUGGAGAGAGUUCUCAGCCCAUCAAGGUGGCCACUCAGCCUGAGUUGCAAGUACCAGGGCCAGUAGAAAACCUGCAAGCUGUAUCUACCUCACCUACCUCGGUUCUUAUCACCUGGGAACCCCCUGCCUAUGCAAACGGUCCAGUCCAAGGUUACAGGUUGUUCUGCACUGAGGCAUCCACAGGAAAAGAACAGAAUAUAGAGGUUGAUGGACUUUCUUAUAAACUGGAAGGCCUGAAAAAAUUCACGGAAUACACUCUUCGAUUCCUAGCUUAUAAUCGCUAUGGGCCAGGAGUUUCUACUGAUGAUAUAACAGUGGUUACACUUUCUGAUGUGCCAAGUGCCCCACCGCAGAACAUCUCCCUGGAAGUGGUUAAUUCAAGGAGUAUCAAAGUAAGCUGGCUGCCUCCUCCAUCAGAAACACAAAAUGGAUUUAUUACAGGCUAUAAAAUUCGACACAGAAAAACGACCCGCAGGGGUGAGAUGGAAACACUGGAGCCAAACAACCUCUGGUACCUGUUCACAGGCUUGGAGAAAGGAAGUCAGUACAGUUUCCAAGUGUCAGCCAUGACAGUCAACGGCACGGGACCACCUUCCAACUGGUACACAGCGGAGACCCCUGAAAAUGAUCUUGAUGAGUCUCAGGUUCCGGACCAGCCAAGCUCUCUUCACGUGAGGCCCCAGACCAACUGCAUUAUCAUGAGUUGGACUCCUCCCCUGAACCCAAACAUUGUCGUGCGCGGCUACAUCAUUGGUUAUGGUGUUGGUAGCCCCUAUGCAGAGACAGUACGUGUGGACAGUAAGCAGAGAUAUUAUUCCAUUGAGAGAUUAGAGUCAAGUUCUCAUUACGUCAUCUCUCUGAAAGCUUUUAACAAUGCCGGAGAAGGCGUGCCUCUGUAUGAAAGUGCCACCACUCGGUCUAUCACAGAUCCCACUGACCCCGUUGAUUAUUAUCCUUUGCUUGAUGAUUUCCCCACCUCCGUCCCAGAUAUCUCCACCCCCAUGCUCCCACCAGUAGGUGUACAGGCUGUGGCUCUUACCCAUGAUGCCGUGAGGGUCAGCUGGGCAGACAACUCUGUCCCUAAGAAUCAGAAAACGUCUGAUGUGCGACUUUACACUGUCCGGUGGAGGACCAGCUUUUCUGCAAGUGCGAAAUACAAGUCAGAAGACACAACAUCUCUGAGUUACACGGCAACAGGCCUCAAACCCAACACCAUGUACGAGUUCUCAGUCAUGGUGACCAAAAACCGAAGAACGAGCACAUGGAGCAUGACCGCACAUGCCACCACGUAUGAAGCAGCCCCGACCUCUGCCCCCAAGGAUUUGACAGUCAUCACUCGAGAAGGGAAGCCGCGUGCUGUCAUCGUGAGCUGGCAGCCUCCCCUGGAAGCCAAUGGGAAAAUUACUGCUUACAUCUUGUUUUAUACUUUGGACAAGAACAUACCAAUAGAUGACUGGAUUAUGGAAACAAUCAGUGGCGACCGGCUCACCCAUCAAAUCCUGGAUCUCAACCUUGACACCACGUAUUACUUCCGAAUCCAAGCGCGGAAUGCCAAAGGAGUCGGGCCUCUGUCAGAUCCCAUCCUCUUCAGGACUCUGAAAGUGGAGCACCCCGACAAAAUGGCUAAUGACCAAGGCCGUCAUGGAGAUGGAGGCUACUGGCCAGUUGAUACUAAUUUGAUUGACAGAAGCACCCUCAAUGAGCCACCCAUUGGGCAGAUGCACCCACCACAUGGCAGUGUGACCCCGCAGAAGAACAGCAACCUGCUUGUGAUCAUCGUCGUUACGGUGGGCAUCCUCACCGUGCUGGUGGUGGUGGUGGUGGCUGUGAUUUGCACCCGACGCUCUUCGGCCCAGCAGAGAAAGAAACGGGCCACUCACAGUGUGGGCAAAAGGAAGGGCAGCCAGAAAGACCUCCGGCCCCCCGAUCUUUGGAUCCAUCAUGAAGAAAUGGAGAUGAAAAACAUUGAGAAGCCUUCAGGCACGGACCAUCCAGGAAGAAACUCCCCCAUCCAAAGCUGCCAAGACCUCACGCCAGUCAGCCCCAGCCAGUCUGAAACCCAACUGGGAAGUAAAAGCACCUCUCAUUCAGGCCAAGACACCGAAGAAGCAGGGAGCUCCAUGUCCACUCUGGAGAGGUCGCUGGCUGCCCGUCGAGCCACCCGGGCCAAACUCAUGAUUCCCAUGGAUGCCCAGUCCAACAAUCCUGCUGUCGUGAGUGCCAUACCUGUGCCAACUCUAGAAAGUGCCCAGUAUCCAGGGAUCCUUCCAUCCCCCACAUGUGGAUACCCCCACCCACAGUUCACCCUCCGACCUGUCCCCUUCCCGACGCUGGCCGUGGACCGAGGUUUUGGAGCAGGAAGAACGGUAAGUGAAGGCCCACAAACACAGCAGCCACCCAUCCUGGCCCCGACGCAACCUGAGCCUCCCAGCAGUGAAGAGGCCCCAAGCCGGACCAUCCCCACGGCCUGUGUUCGACCAACUCAUCCACUUCGCAGCUUUGCCAACCCUUUGCUACCUCCACCCAUGAGUGCAAUAGAACCGAAAGUCCCUUACACGCCGCUUUUGUCUCAGCCAGGGCCUACUCUUCCCAAGACUCAUGUGAAAACAGCCUCUCUUGGUUUGGCUGGCAAGGCUAGAUCCCCUCUGCUUCCUGUGUCUGUGCCAACAGCCCCUGAAGUGUCUGAGGAGAGCCACAAACCAGCAGAGGACCCAGCCAAUGUGUAUGAACAGGAUGAUUUGAGUGAGCAAAUGGCAAGUUUGGAAGGGCUAAUGAAGCAACUUAACGCCAUCACAGGCUCAGCCUUUUAACACAUAUUGCAGAAUUGAUGAGGUGGAUUUUCCGGGAACUUUGCAGCGUACCAAUUACCCAUAAGCAGCACACCUGUGUCCAAGAACUCUCACCCGUGUACAGGCCAUUUACCAGGACCACUCUGUUAAGGAAGAUCAACUCAGAAGGAAUUCAGAAGAAAUGAACAUCCCUCCUUCCACAGGUGUCAGGACUGGUUAAGUGGUGACGCCAGGGUCCCAACCUGAACUCAGUGCAGUGGCAGGCCUGAAGCUGCUAGAAUAGUUCCGGGUCUGUGCCACUGCAGUGACCAAGCUGUCCCAGUGAAUGCCUAUGCUUGACUCUGUUGAGGCUUGUCCUUUCCGCUCUGUAUAGGUCUUGUCAUACAAAAUGCUAGUGCAUUAUUUAAGCCUGUGUCAUACCCUGGCAUAUCCGUAGGCUCGCUACUUAGCUUACCACUUCCACAUACAAAGCCCCCAUAGGCAUUUUCUCACUACAUAGCACCAAAGGAUCGGAUGUUUUCGCUGACAGCACAAAACAUAAAUAAAUCAGCAAAAGGCAGCCAGCACCUGGGUCCUGGAACCCCAUCCUUAGUCUUGCACAAGUGGUGGGUAGUAGCAAGGAGCUGUCAGUUUCACCCAUUUUAGCAAGUCUUUGGAAACCCGCCCUUAGGUAACAUUUAAGUGUGGAAAACAAGGGACGCCAAAAAGCUGCAACUUGUGGUCUCCUGUCAGCACCUGUGCAUGUCCGGAAAGAGAACACAAUAUGCAAUCUUCUCAGACACACGGUAAUUAUGUGCUUAAGCUUGUAAUGGAAUGCUUUUCGAUUUGGGUGGCUUCUGUGCCGUCCGUCCCACACUGUGAU